AUGGAGACUGCUUCAUCCUCGCAGCAGUCGGGGUUCUUUUACCACGACCCGCGCCAGCAUCAGACGUCUCCCAACCUCGGCAUGAAUCCCAACUUUCAGCAGGUCCGAUCCGACCCGUACGCCGCUGCGUCCAUCGUGCCACAUACUUCUUACCGCGAAUCUGGCUACGGCGAUGGCAGGCCGUUCGGGUUCGCACCACCCACCGAGCAGGAGGCGCGUCCUCAGUACCACGAUGCGCCAACAAACGCUGCCCACACUUCGUACGCUCCUGGAGCCAGCUACAUGUCGCAUCCAGCAAGCAUGGCGGGGCCCUCCGCGUUCGUCGCGCCCGGCCCUAUGAACGGCCAUGUUCAUGCUGCAUCCGGUCCCCCGACGCACUCGGCUUCCGACGAGGCUGCCGAUCAACAAGGUCCUCGCAACAAGCGAGCUCGCAAAGAGUCGCCCGGCCGCAAGACUGAAGCCGCCGACAGCAAAGAUGACAGCUCCUCCGACGACCCCAAUGGCCAGAAGUCCGAGGGAAGCGGCAACGUCACCAUGUUUCAAUGCCGCGGCUUCGGCGAUUGCCGCAUGGUCUUCACCCGAAGCGAGCAUCUCGCACGUCACGUGCGCAAGCAUACGGGCGAGCGGCCGUUCCGAUGUCACUGUGGCAAAGCCUUUUCUCGCCUCGAUAACCUUCGCCAACAUGCGCAGACCGUGCAUGCUGACACUCCGGAUCGGAACGAGAUGAUGAUGCAGGAGCUCUCGUCCCUCCACGCUUCACUUGCACAAUCAGCCGCCCAGGCCCAGCACGCCCACGCCCAAGUGCUCGGCAAGAGCAGCUCGCCCGGCGCCUUGAUUGCGAGCCACAAUCACACUGGACGCCGCGGCAAAGGAGGAGGAAAGACGAGCGCUGCGACUAGAGCUGCGCGUGGCGCCGGCAACGAUCGCUCGGGGUCUCCCGUCUCCUCCAAUUCAAACGCGAUCCAUGCUGCCCAGCAGAACUCCCACGGCAUCUACGAGCCCAAUCCGUACCCGUCAGAGUAUGACUCUGCAGAUCCGCCAGCCUCCGCUCCUCCCGCCACUGCCUUCUCCACGCCCGGUCAUCCAGCGUCGAUGCCCAUUUGGACGAGUCAUGACCCGCAGUAUGUGCAACAGGGCGGCCAGCCUGUCGGCUUUGGUGUUCCGAUGGCCCCAGGUGCCCCUGGCCAGCCUUUCGAAGUCGCACCUCAUCCGUCCCAGCAGCAAGCCGCACACUUUGCAUCCAAUUCAGGGCCAGCCCUUCGCCAGGAACAAGCGACGGAGUUCGUGACGCCGCAUUCGAGCUAUCACGACGAAGGCCUUCCGCCCGGACAUCCAUCGUAUAUGCCGCCCUACGAUGCUUACCGUCGUCAGCCGCAAGAGCUCGAGAGGCGGCCAUCAGCCAACAUGGCUGACGCUUCCUCACUCUCUGCGCAAGCCUGGCGACCAAACGGCCCGCCCCUGGAGACAGCUCUUGCCGGCAGUUACACGGGCGCUGAAUGUGAGGCUGCAGAGGGCCAUACCCAACGACCUUCCUUUUCCAACCCUUUCUGGCGCAACUCGACUGGCGGUGGGCCCGUGGCGAGCGACGACCCGUACGCUGCUCACUAUCCAGCGACGGAUUUCGCUGCUGGCGACUCCGAGUCCAGGUCGCAGUACGAAUCCACCCUGUCGGCGCAUCUUCACAUGCGCACUCCUACUUUGGCAAAGCGCGCCAGAGCGAACAGCCCUCCGCCUUCACGCGGAAGCAUCCGUGCGUCGCUCGAUGCAGGAUCCGCUCCACUUCUCCCUCCACCAGGGAGUGCGCACGGACGACCUUCCAGCAGCGCACAAGGCUCGCGGCCGCUCACCUCGCAGAACCGUCCCGUUCUGCCUCCUCUGUCGUCCAUCACGCCGAGCGCGAGCAGACCAGGAACGGCUGCAGCCAUGGGGGGCAGUCGGCCCGGCUCCAUGGCAGCGCAAAGGCUUCCGAGCAUCGACCAGCAGCUUCUCGCAACAUCCGCCGAGCUCGACCGUGUCGACGAGGCGCAAGCGAGCAGCAGCUACCGUCCGUAUACGAGCCCCGCCGGCGCCUUGGCUGGCGAUGCCGUCCAAGGGCCGAAGCCUUUCUUGCCACCUUCCUCGCUUCGAUCCGCUCGGCCAUCACUCGGCCAGCGCGGCGAUGCGCGAUUCGGCAACCCUCCUGACCUGACAGAUCGGCCGAGCACGACGUCCACCACCGCGAGAGCAAACGACCGACGUCCUCUCACCUCGGGCGGAUCGAUGGUCAGUCGGCCACACGGCUCUGUCCAGGCAGGCGGCGACGAUCUGCCACCGCUGUCGUCGACUCUGGCGCUGCUGGAUGAGCGACGAGAAUCUCGCAUCGCUUCCGAACGCCGAGGCUCGGCCUUCGAGCUGUCCAGCACGUUUGUCGGAGACGAGGGACGUCGCUCCAGGAUGGGCUCCUCUUACGGUGUACGUGAGGACGAAGCACACCCCAGACUGCAGACCGACAGCUCCGAGCUUCGCACGAGCCCGGGCAACAACGCUUCGCCGUUCAUGUUCCAGCCUCCGCCCCUGCCACGCGAGAGCAGCGCGAGCUCGUGGCGGCUGUCUGUGGACCGCAAUGGCGCUGGAUCAGGCGCAGAUUGGCGACGACCCAGCUCGAGCACUGCACCGGACGCGCAUGUCAUUUCUCGUCGGCUCGGUUCCAGCAGCGGAGCGACGCUCGGGUUCGGCCUGCGCGAAGACGGCGGUGGCUCGAGACCAGUCUCGAGCAGCGGACGAGCUGCGGGUGCGAGCCAACUCCAGCUGCCUCCGCUCAGGACAACGCACGGACCUAGCCGACCGGGCUCGAGCGCCGUCGCUUCGACGCUGCAGAGCGAAGUGGCGCGGCCGUCAUCUCAGAGGUCUGGAUCGUGGUCGCGACCACUCACAUCGGGAGACGCGCCUGCGCCGCGCUUCGGCAGCAACGGCUUCGCGCGAAUGUCUUCGUCCCGGGAAGGCGCCUCGAGCGACGGCGAGGACGAGCUGGGCGAUCGACGUCGGUCGUUGGUCCAUGAUCUGCGUGGACCAGCGCGCGAAGAACUCAUGCGACGGCCGUCGACGUCAGCUGGCGCAGGCUCGACCCGCUUUGCACCGAGGUAUCACGAGCGCAACGGCUCCAACAGCCCGCUCUCUCGACGCGACGACGUCUGA